AUGGCGGAGGCGUACCGCGUCCAGCGCACGUUCCAGGCGCACGCAGGUGCCGUGCACGUCGCGCGCUACAAUGCGGGAGGCCGCUACCUCUUGACAGGAGGUGCGGACCAGCAGAUCCACCUGUGGAACACGCGCGCAGACGCGCCGGACGAGCUCGAUGCGAAAGGGCGCUCGGCGUGCAUUCAGAGGUAUAGCGCGCACUCGUACGAGGUGCUGUGCCUCGACAUUGCGCCGGACAAUACGCGGUUUGCGAGCGGCGGCCCGGACCGUGCGGCACUUGUGUGGGACGUGUCGUCCGGCCAGGUCCUGCGCCGCUUCAAUGCACACACCGGCCGCAUCAAUGACGUGCGCUUCGCGGGUGCCAACGACGAGGGGAGCGUCUUGUGGGCGGCCGGCAGCGACACGGUGUGCCGCGCAUACGAUCUGCGUGCGGGCAAUGCGUGGCGCCCCAUCAUGGAGGCCGAUGAGGCGACCGAUGCGAUUCUGUGCCUCGCCAUGUCGACGCCCACGACGCUGCACACGGCGUCGGUCGACGGCGUGCUGCGGACGUACGACAUACGCAAAGGCGAGCUGCGUUCCGACGUAGUCGACGAGCCGAUCACGUCGCUCACGCCGACCAAGGACGGGGGCGCGCUGCUCGUUUCGACGCUCGACUCGACGCACCGCCUGCUCGACAUGGUCGACGGCUCGCUGCUACAGACCUUCCGUGGGCACGCACAGACGCAAUUCCGAUGCCACUCGACGCUCACGCUGAACGAGGCACUGGUGCUCGCAGGCGACGAGGGGGGGAGAGUGCAUGCCUGGGACAUGCUCUCGGGGCGCUCGGCGUGGCAGGCCAAGCCCGACUAUUCGCAGAGCGUGCGGUACCGCCCGUAG